AUGCAAGCCUAUGGGUGGUCGGAGAAUCUAGAUGGUGGCUUCUAUGUGUCAGAGAGGAAUUUCUUGCACCUGCCUCCGAUUGAAGCCAACACGGAGAACCUAUUCUUGACCGUCAUGUCUGGCUUUAGCCCAAGCCCUGACUGGUACACUGGACUGUAUCAUUUUCGCCUGACUGAUAAGGUUUCCCGAACAUGGUACGAUCAUAUCAAGUUUCAGACGUAUCCUUGGGAUCUAGGUACAGAUGCUGGAGUCACAUACAUCUCAGAUGACUUUAAUUUGGAUCCACAAAUACCGGUUGAAAAGAUCACAACCGGCAAUGCUCCACCUGGUGGAGAGCUGAAGAGUCCUGACGGCCUCACGGUACCCGUGGCGGCCGAGUGGGAAUGCUACCUUGUGAUCGGUGAGGAGCCAAUGAUACUGCCAAGCUGCGAUUGGUUUGCCAACCCGUGUUGCAACGAAACUGAUACGGUGAACUGCGAUGCUGAAUUGCCGUGGACAGCAGCCCCAGAGAUAUCUGAUGAGUACAGACAAGUCCUUGACAAUGGUGGUAGUUUGAUGGCGGGCGACACAACCAGUGUAUUCCAUGGCAACGGUGGUAGCAGCGAUGUCAUACCAUCUGAUGCGGCGGGAGGCGUCAAUAGCGAUGGCACGUCAUCUGAUGCGGGAGGCGGUCUUGGCGCUGGCAUAUCAUCUGAUGUGAGUGCAGAUACAACUGGGAUCGAUAACACUACCCAGAGCAACGGGGACUGCAUUCCAGGAGGGAAUAUCAGCAAUUGCGCACUAAUCAACAUAGAGUCAUCCCUUGAAGAGGGCGAUAUGAAUGAGCCACCUAUUGCCGAUGAAGGCGUGAACGAUUCUUCCACCAUGGAACCGACUCCCUCUUCAAUCGCUUUUCGCGUCGAGCUGCUGUCUUCAUUGGUCACCACAAGCUGGUUUGUCUGUAUGUUACCGCUGUGCUUCUAG